UUCUGUUCUCUGUUCUCUUUUUGCUAUUGGAUUCAAUCCCAGAAUCAUUUUUCUUAAACUUCUUCUCUCUGUUCUCUCUUUGCUAUUGGAUUCAAUCUCACUAUCAUAUUUUUAAUCCGCAAGUAUCCUUUCAUAAUGGAAGAGCGUAUUCUUGAUUAUGGUGCAUCAGAAGUGUUGAAAAAGCUGGUAUUUGCCAUUAGCAGGGAGAUGAGUAUGGCAUGGGGUGUUAAGGAUGAGCUGAAAAAGCUUAACCAAACAUUGGAAUUGAUUGCGAAUAAAACAUCCGAUGCGGAGCGGAAGCAGGUGAAUGAUCAUGCGGUUUCUCUUUGGUUGAGAAGGCUUAAAGAUGUUUCUUACGAUGCUGAUGAUGUUCUGGAUGAGUUUUCUUAUGAAGCUACGCGUCGAUCUGAGAAGAACCGUAAGGUAAAAAAAAAUUUCUAUUCCUCCAACCCCCUUGCCUUUCGUUUUAAACUGGCUAGACAAAUCAAGGGUAUCAAUAAACGGUUGGAAGAUAUUGCAACUGAUAUGGGAAGAUUUAAGCUUCAAACUAGUAGUGGUCCAUAUGAACAGCAUAACAAGCGUCUAACUGCUUCAUUCAUUGGAGAUGAUCUGAAAAUUGUAGGAAGAGAUGAAGAUAAAUCAAAUAUAAUUAGGAUGCUAACAAUGACGGAUAGCAUAUCGUCGUCAAAAUCUUCUCAAUCAUCUUCUAUCGAAAAAGUCUCCGCCAUAUCCAUAGUUGGUAUCGGGGGACUAGGAAAGACCACUCUAGUAAAGUCCAUAUACAAAGACAGAUCAGUAGAAAAUCAUUUCAUGAAGAGAUUUUGGGUUUCUACUUCUGAUAAUUUCGAUGUGUUUAAGAUUUUAAGAAAUAUUAUGGAGUCCAUCACUGAUUCUAAUAGCGAAGAUUUUUCAAGCGUUGCUGUAUUGGCACAUCAAGUAAGAGAAAGCUUAAAAGGAACAAAAUAUUUGCUAGUUCUAAGUGACCUGUGGAGUGAAGAUCUCAUGGGAUGGAAUAACCUUAAGAGUGUCCUAGAUUUCGGCUCUGUUGGUAGUAAGAUUAUAGUCACUACACGCAGUCAAAGAGUUGCAUCGAUGGUGCAAGGUUUAUUUCCUCCUUACAAUCUAGGUGCGUUAUCAGCAGCUGAGUGUUGGUCCAUUAUGAAGAACAAAGCUUUUUUUCCGGGGGGAGCGUCCGAGACUCCAACUAUGGAAAAUAUUGGGAAGGAUAUAGCAAAAAAAUGUGGAGGUUCGCCGCUUGCUGCAAAGUUUUUCGGUUGUCUUAUGCACUCGCAGAAUGAUGAAAAGCAUUGGUUGUCGAUCAGAGACGACAAAAGCUUAGAGACAAAUGGUUACGAGGGAAUCAUACGGAUACUGAAAUUGAGUUAUGAUAAUUUAUCAUCCCAUUUGAAACAGUGUUUUGUAUAUUGUUGUUUAUUUCCAAAAGAUUGGGUAUUUAACAGAGAAACACUGAUUCGGUUGUGGAUAGCCGAAGGAUUCAUUCAUCCAUUUAACGAAGGAAAUGGAAACUCGCUUGAAGAUAUUGGUAACGAUUAUUUCCUUAGUUUGUUGUCUAGCUGUUUCUUUCAAGAUGUAGAAAAGAAUGACUUAGGUGACAUCACAUGGUUCACAAUGCACGAUCUAGUACAUGAUCUUGCGUUAAGUUUGGCUUCCGGUGAAGUCGCAAUUUGCAAAGCAAGUGGAAUGGAAAAUGAUGCGUCUGGAAUUCGUCGCCUGCUGUUAAUGGGGGAAGGACUACUACCAAUAACAAUUUCUGAUGUAUUAGAGAACGCAAAAAAGCUGAGGACAUUUUUUUUUCAAGGAGGCAUUUAUCCGAAUGCAAGUAUUAACAAGCGUCUUCGGGUAAUACAUCGACUUGGUGCUAAAAGGCAACCAGAAACUAUAUCUUCUUCCAAUUUCAAGUUUAAACACAUAAGGUACUUUGACCUCAGUUAUUGUAAUUUUGAAGAUGUUCAUGCGGAGUCCAUUCACCAACUCUACAAUCUCCAAACUCUCGAUCUUCACCAUUCCAAAAAUGUUCAAAACAUUUUCAAAGAAGGAAUUGGUUCUUUGAUUAGUUUGCGAUGUCUAGAUCUGUCUUCUUCAGACGCCAACCUUCUGCCUGAUUCUAUUGGUCAUCUCCAAAAUCUAUCGUCCCUUGAUAUUUCAUCUACAAAAAUCUCAGAGUUACCCGAUUCAAUCUGUCUCCUAUAUAAUUUAACCAGGUUCAACUUCAGCCAUUGCCGUCAAUUAAAAGCACUACCUCGUAACUUUGGAGCUUUGACACAACUAAGGUCACUUGAUUUGAUUGGUACUGAAAUAACAGAGUUGCCCGAGUCUUUGACUAGCAACAUCUGUAAAUUAGAGUUUGUGACCUUUGGAGAGUCUUGUAAAUUUCCUGAAGACAUCAAGAAUUGGGUGGAAUUGAGACAUCUGAAGUCCUGGGGACGGAGAGUUCAUCAUGUAAUAGCACCUAAAGGUAUAGAAAAGCUAAUUCGGUUGGAAAUUUUAGCUCCUUACCUGGUGAGGAAAGAAGCUUUCUCAACCAGAAUCAGUAAUGAUUCUAGUUCUUCUAUCCAAGAAUUAGCAGAUCUAAACUCUCUCCGGAAGUUAGUGAUACUAAGUCUAGAGAACGUGAGAGGUGGUAAAAUAGAGGCGGAGAAGGCAAAGUUAAAAGAUAAGCAAAACAUUCAAGAUUUGUAUUUAGGAUGGAAAUCUGAAGAAGAAGAAGAAGUAGAAGAUGAUGAAGAUGAAUAUAAGGCUGCUAUCAAUUCUGUUAUGGUGCUGGAAGGUCUCCAACCUCAUCCUAAUUUGGAGAUAUUGUCUAUCAAGGGUUUUCUCGGUUUAAAGCUUCCGAAGUGGUUGGGUUCAUCUUCCUGUCUUCCUAAUUUAGUGGAAUUAAGAUUUGAGAACUGCAACAGCUGUAUAAUUCUUGUUGGUCUCGGUCAGCUCCCAUGUCUUGAGAUUCUUCGUAUUAUGGGUAUGGAUUCACUGGAGUGUUUGGGUGAAGAGUUUUAUUACCGGGAAGAAGAAGAAAGCACUACUUAUUCUGCAAAACCUACAACAAGAACAUUAUUCCCUUCGCUAAUCAAGUUGAUAAUUGAGAAUAUGAAGAAUUUAAUAGAAUGGGUUGCUCCUCCGUCAAGGUAUAUUUCAUUCCCUUGCCUCGAGGAAGUCGACAUCUAUAGAUGCGGUAAUUUGAUAACUGUACCCGACUUUCGACUGUGUACUUCUCUCCGAGAAUUAAGCAUUCAAGGUUGCGACAAAUUAAAUAAGGAGUCUACAUCCUAUGGUUUUAUUCAAAAGGAAGAGCAGCCUGAUGAUCCAUCCGAUGUAUAUCAAUCACUUACUACCGAGAGAUACCGGGCUCAGAAAAUAUCCUCUGGAACACCUGAAAUCAGUGAAAUCCAAGAAAUAGCGGCACCAGAGAUCGAGAAGGUUUCACAUACAAGUAAUCUCGAGAAUGUGAGAGGUGGAAUGGAAGAUGUGGAGAGACUAAAGUUAAAGGAAAUGCAACACCUUGAGGAUUUGAAUCAUUCUUGGAAUUAUCCAUAUGAUGAUGCUGACGUGGGUAUUGAUGGAAGUGCAAAUGAUGGAAAGGUGUUGGAAGGUCUUCAUCCUAGCCCCAAUCAAAAGAUAUUGACCAUAUCUGGGUUUGAAGGUUUAAAGCUUCCAAAGUGGAUGGGUUUGUCACAUUUGGUGGAAUUAUAUUUCUCAGACUGCAAGAGAUGUGAGAAGCUUCCUGCACUUGGUAUGCUCCCCUGCCUUGUAGUUCUUCGGAUUUAUGGAAUGAUGUCGUUGAAGUGUUUGGGUCAGGAAUUCUACUUCCCAGAAGAAAGCACCAGUAGUUCUGCAAAAGCUACACUAGCAACUAUAUUAUUCCCAUCGUUAAUCAGGUUCGAGCUCGGUGAUAUUGAUAAUUUAGAAGAAUGGGUUGCUCCUCUCCCACAUUAUUGUAUGGCCUUCCCUGUUCUUGAAACUCUAGGAAUUAUUGGUUGUAGUAAAUUGACAUCUAUACCAGAUUUUCGGCUAACUACUUCUCUCUGGGAGUUAACCAUUGAAGAUUGUGACAAGUUGUAUACGAAAUCUAUAUCCUAUGUGGAGCAGAAUGAUGAUCCAAAUCCAAUUACCACCGAGUCGGCAGUGCGGUGGAAUUAUUACCGAGCUGGUACAACUGACAGGUACUUGGUUAAAGAAAUCACCUCUGGAACAGCUGAAGACAGUGGAAUUCAAGAUAUAACGGCACUAGAGACUGAGAAAUUUUUACAUAUAAGAAAUCUGGAGAAUGUGAGAGGUGGAAGAGAAGUCGCAGAAAGAGCUAAGUUAAGGGACAAGCAACACCUUGAGGAUUUGUAUCUAUCUUGGGAUUCUUUUGAGGAUGGGUGUAUUGAUAGAAGUGUGAAUGAUGGAGAGGUGUUGGAAGGUCUCCAACCUCACCCUAAUUUGCAGAAGUUGACAAUAUCUGGUUCUAGAGGUUUAAAGCUUCCGAACUGGAUGGGUUUCUCUAAUUAUCUUCCUCAUCUGGUGGAGAUAUAUUUCUACGGGUGCAAUAGUUGUAAGCAACUUCCUGCGUUGGGUAUGCUCCCUUGUCUUAGAAUUCUUAAGAUAGAGGAAAUGAAUUUACUGCAGUCUUUGGGUCAGGAGUUUUAUUACCAGCAACAAGAAAGUAGCUGUGCUGGCAGCAGCAGCAGCAACUACGGAGAAAUAAAAGAAGAAAAAAUCAAUACUAAGAAACAGACUAGGCAAGCAUUUUCAUCAUUUUUCAAGAAAAACAAAAAACCUGAAACAUCUUUGCCAUCAUCAUCUGGAAUAUCAGUGUUUCAUUCGUUGGUUGAGUUGAAUCUUAUAGAUAUGUCAAUUCUUGAAGAAUGGGCUGCUCCUCAUGAUUCUUUUAAACCCUUCUCAUCCCUUGAAAGUUUGAUUGUCAGUGGCUGCUUAAGGUUGAAAUCUAUACCAUUUUCUUCAUGUUCUUCUCUUAAGAACUUGGAGUUGUGUCAUACCAACGACGAGGCGGUUAACUUGAUCUUAGCCAGCACAGGAGGAGAACGACUGACCACCCUUGCAUCUGUGUCCAUAAAGUAUUCGCCUCAACUUCAAUUUUUCCCUGUGUUGUUACUCCAAAACAACGACACUCGUAUUCAAUCCCUAGAAAUCGCACACUGCCCAAACUUUAAAGGUUUUCGUAUUCUUAACAAUAAGGAACUCCGAGCAAAUGUAUCUUCAGACACUGGUUUCAACUGCAGCUGUCUCCCCUCAUUCAAGUUAUUUGAUUAUGUGAAGUUAGCAUCUUCAGACACUGGAUUCGACAACAACAUCAGCUCUCUCUGCUCGCUGAAGUUAUUUGAUUGUCCUGCUUUGUCAUCUGUUCCGGAUCUAAGAGAAUGGAAUUCUCUCAAUCAACUAUGGAUUGAGGAUUGUGAUAAACUGAAAGAAUCUUUUUCUUAUAGUUUGAAAUCCCUGACACAUCUUAGACCAUUGUAUGUUGAUGGCUUCAUCAAUCCACCUCAAAACUAAGCAUGGGUGGAUCAGCCUGCUACAAUUCGGCUCCUCCAACAUCAAAUUAACUAUCAAAUGUCCACCAACAGAUCCCUACGUAAUGAACAUGGGUUGAUCCGGAAACGAUACAAUAUCAAAACAAAAGGUGGAUAGUCCAACUUCCAAGAAGAAGGAAAAUUAUUGGAAGAAGAGCUGCCUUAUGAUUAUGGGUCGAGUUAGGUGGUUGGUCAAGGUCACCAGUUGUUGCAUUGAUGUUGGGGAUGUGUUGAAUAUCAAGGAGUGCUGCAAAAUCGAGUUUAGGCACAAAAAGACGAACCAAGGGGUACCAAAAGGACUACGUAUUCUUCAUCAAGCGAGGAAUCAGGUACUAGCUCCCACUGCUUUUUCAUCUACCGAGGAUGUUGAAGGGAAUGUUGGCGGCCAAAGACAAAGUCAAGCAAAGGUGUACCUGGCCGAUGUCAAGGUGAAUGGGGUCGAGGUCAAGGUGGACGUGCUCGUGAUCGAAGUCAAAGUAGUAGAAGAAGAUGAUAAAGGAUCCCGAUGAAUCAGUUAUGGAUUUAUAGUGGUGUAUCGACAGAUAGAUAUCUUUCAUUUUCAGUUAUGGGUAUUAAUUUGGCGUGCAUAAAUGAAUUUUAGUGUUUCAUCUGUCCAAUUUUAAAAACAAUGGUAAAAAAAUCAUAUGAUGAGAAUUCAUUACUUA